AUGAAUGAGAUACAAAUAUUAGAAGAUUCGGUGACCUGCAAAGAAGCUAUAAACAUGAAUGGCGAUAUUCACUUUGACAAUAUUAGCUUUGCUUAUCCAACUCGACCUGAUGUACUAGCUUUACGAAACCUCACACUGACGGCUCGUGCAAAUGAGACAACAGCUUUAGUUGGUUCAAGUGGUUCUGGUGGGUAUUUCGAAAAAAAAAACAAAUCGGAGAUUGAUAGUAUUUUCUGUAUUGAACGAAUAGGUAAGAGCACAUGCAUUUCACUUCUACUUCGUUUCUAUGAGCCGUUAUUGGGUCACAUUAAAAUUAGUGAUGGAUCGAUCACCAACUACAAUAUUAAAGAACUACGACAGAAGAUCGGUGUGAUUCUCUUUGCCACAAGUAUCUAUGAAAACAUUCGCUUUGGUAAAGUAAAUGCAACAAGAAACGAGAUCGAACAAGCAGCACGUCAAGCCAAUUCACACGAUUUUAUUAUGCAAUUGCCCAAUAAAUAUGAAACAGUCGUCGGUGAACGUGGUGUUCAAUUGAGUGGUGGUGAAAAACAACGUAUUGCUUUGGCUCGUGCCCUUGUCAAACAACCAGUCGUACUUUUGUUGGACGAAGCGACAAGUGCACUCGAUAAUGCCAACGAAAAGAUUGUUCAAGAAGCGCUCGAUCGAGCUUGUAAAGGUUCGCAUAUAUCUUUCUGUUUUCAUUUUAUCAUCUAUAGUUAA